AUGGCGUCCAUGCUGCUACAGACCUGCGGCCGGCGGGCUUGCCGCCUGCCUCGAGCGCUGCGCCGCCAGCCCCAGCUGGGGAACCUGGGAGACCGGGCAUGUCUGAGCUGUACAUCCCUGAGGCUGGCAAACAAAAUGCCUGUCCACUUUAAAUACUGCACUAGUGUCCCUCCUGUUUACACCUACUCCAAAAAAACUCGCUCCUGUUGUUGGACUAAAGGAUCUCAACAAAUCCACUUUACUCUCAUCAGCUCUCCUGCCUCAUGGACACCACUAGCAACCGUGGGUGUUUUAGAUCCCCAGUAUCUCCCAGUUAGAUGGUGGCAUUCUUCACGUCCCCUUCAAGAUGACUCCAUAGUUGAAAAGUCGCUGAAGUCCUUAAAGGACAAAAACAAGAAGUUGGAAGAAGGUGGUCCUGUAUAUAGCCCAACAGAAGUGGAAGUUGUAAAGAAGUCUCUGGGGCAGAGGAUUGUGGAUGAACUGAAGCACUAUUACCAUGGCUUUAGGUUACUGUGGAUUGACACAAAGAUAGCUGCCAGGAUGCUCUGGAGGAUACUGCAUGGAAACACUUUGUCCCGUCGAGAACGCAGACAGUUUCUUCGGAUAUGUGCUGACCUUUUCCGCUUGGUCCCUUUCCUUGUUUUUCUUGUUGUCCCCUUUAUGGAAUUUUUGCUUCCAGUAGCUCUGAAGUUGUUCCCUAAUAUGCUUCCCUCUACGUUUGAGACAAAAUCUAAAAAGGAGGAAAGACUGAAGAAAGAAUUGAGAGUAAAGCUUGAACUAGCCAAAUUCCUUCAAGACACCAUUGAGGAGAUGGCCUUGAAAAACAAAGCAGCCAAAGGAAAUGCUACAAAAGACUUCUCAAUGUUCUUUCAAAAGAUCAGGGAAACUGGUGAACGACCCAGUAAUGAGGAGAUCCUGAGGUUCUCCAAACUCUUUGAAGAUGAGCUAACUCUGGACAAUCUAACCAGACCUCAGCUGGUGGCACUUUGUAAACUGUUGGAACUGCAGUCAAUUGGGACAAACAACUUUCUCCGCUUCCAGCUGACCAUGAGGUUGAGAAGCAUAAAAGCAGAUGACAAAAUGAUUGCUGAGGAAGGAGUGGACACCCUGACCGUGAAAGAACUGCAGGCAGCCUGUCGUGCCCGAGGAAUGAGAGCUCUUGGUGUGACAGAGGAGCGUCUCAAGGAGCAGCUCAAACAGUGGUUAGAUCUGCACCUGAACCAGGAAAUCCCAACAUCAUUGCUUAUUUUAUCCAGAGCCAUGUAUCUGCCAGAUACCCUUUCUCCAGCUGAUCAGCUCAAAACAACACUUCAGACCCUACCAGAGAGUGCUGCCAAAGAGGCUCAAGUCAAAGUGGCAGAAGUUGAAGGUGAAAAAGUGGAUAACAAAGCACGGCUGGAAGCGACACUUCAAGAAGAAGAAGCCAUCAGGAAAGAAAAUGAAGAGAGAGAGAUGGAAAGAUUGUCUGAAGCUGCAGAGAAAGCCAAAGAAACCCUUCAAGUUGCAGCAAUGAAAGAAGUGGAUUCAGCAGUAGAGCUUGAAGCAGCUGCUCUGCAAGUUAAGAAAAGCCCAAUAGCUGUGGCUACUGAUCAAGAGCUGGCCAGGGCAGAGCUGGCCAGGGCAGAGCUGGCGAUGCACUCGGAGACCUUGAAGGAUACAGCACCAGUGCUGGAAGGUGUGAAGGGUGAGGAGAUCACCAAGGAGGAGAUUGACAUGCUGAGUGAUGCUUGCUCCAAGCUGCAGGAACAGAAGAAAGCACUAACAAAGGAAAAGGAGGAGCUUGAGGAACUGAAGGAUGAUAUCCAGGAGUACAAUGAGGAUUUGCAAGAGAUAAAAGAACUCUCUAAAGCUGGCCAGGAAGAGGCAGUGGAGGAGUCAAAGGCAAGCAAGAGACUGACCAAGAGAGUGAACCAAAUGAUUGGUCAGAUAGACAAAAUUAUUAAUGAACUGGAGACUAACCAAAAGACAGUGGAUGUGAAGCUGGACAGUGGGGCCAGGACUCCUGCUGGGGAGAAUCUCAUCAGCAUCGCUGAGCUCAUUAACGCCAUGAAGCAAAUCCAGAAGAUUCCAGAGGAGAAGCUAACCAGGAUUGCAGAGGCACUGGAUGAAAACAAGGAUGGCAAAAUUGACAUAGACAAUGUUGUAAAGGUGGUAGAAUUGAUUGACAAAGAAGAUAUUGAUAUUGGCACCAGUCAGGUUGCUGAGAUUAUGGCACUGCUUCAGAAAGAAGAAAAACUGGAAGAAAAGGAGAAAGCAAAGGAAAAGCACGAUAAAGAAGCUGUAGAAGCAAAGAAUUAAGCUUCAGAAUCUGAAGCUGAUCCCAAAUGUAACCAAAACCUUGUCUAUCUCUCUGUGUCUAAUGGCUACAUAUGACUUGAGCUGUAUGAUUUAUGGGAAGUGUUUUGAGCUGAUUCUAGUAAUAAAUCCUAGCUAUGUUUUCUGACUUAUGGAAUGAAA